UCGCGGCAACAAAAUUUUUCAAUUUCAUUAUUCCAUACGGUCCUUGUAAGACUUUGCGCGGCCAGAUCCUCGCGAAUGAGUCGAGGGAUCCCCUCCCGCGCCCCUCACCGACGGCCGAUCAGUGUGAAUGAUUCUCGUAUACGCGAGGAGACGAUCGGAGAUAAUCGAACGAUAAAUUAACGAUAAUCCGUGGCAUCCUUCUCUUCGGGACGCAGCAACCCCACGCGGUAAACGAGCGCGCGCGUUAUGCGCGACCCUGACGGCCCGACGUAUUAGGGCACAGUCGGGCGGAUCCCGGCGCCGGAAAAAAGCACCGCCCGGCGGAUGGCAGCGGGGCAAUCCGCGCAGCCGGAUUCCGUAGACCGCGACCUCGAGGGGAACCACUCGCGCGAGACCAGUUCCCGCCGACGACGGUGGUCCGUGGUUACGCGAAUUUCUCGCGACUCGCGCGCGCGGGAAGAGGACGCGCAGGAGGGUGCCGAGCAUCGAGCGACGCCGCAGGGCGUGGUUGCACGCGACCGCGGGCGUAUAUAUAAACGUGUCCUGUCGCGUCGUGUCGCGUCGAGGAUAUAUACUUACCGUGGGUGCCGGCGUCGACACGACGAUCGCCAUGUGGAGCGCGUCCCUUUUCCUUGUCUACUGUUUGGUCGCUCCCGGCUUUGCUAGGCCGCCGGUGUUUCUCAGUUAUCAAGACAGUCUGGGUCAAUACAGUUUCGGCUACAGCGCGCCAGGAUCGGCCAGGUCGGAAGUGAGGACGUCCAACGGUGCGACCAGAGGCACUUACAGCUACGUCGACGAGACCGGUGUCAUCCAGACCGCACAGUACUUCGCCGACGGCGAGAAUGGAUUCCAGGUGAUCGCGACGAAUCUGCCGCAGGCGCCGCUUCCGGUCCAGGACACGCCGGAAGUGAUGGCCGCGCGCACGGCGCAUCUCCAGGCCCUGGAACUGGCGGCCAAGAGGGACGAGGAGGCUCAGCGUCGCGAAGAGAAUCGGGAGAAGAAGAUCGAAGAGAACCAGGAGAACGCGAGUCUCUCUAAGUCAUUACAACAAUCGGCGGUCAAGAUCACGGAAACUUCGCAGCACGAAAAGGAGCCAAAAGGAGUGUUGGAGAAUGCGAAAAAUGUCGAGCUGAAGGACAGCGACGAGACUCUGCAGGCGGUCGCUUCGAGAAACGACAUUGACAAGGCAAGCGAGAAGAGCGCGCAGAAGAAGAAAUUCGCCGGAGGAGUAUCGCAGAAGACCGUGCAGGACGGCGGUGCAAGUAUCCCAGCGAUCCCAUUAAUCUCCUCAUUCGUGCCCCUGUCUCAGUCGAUCCUGUCAGGUAAACAAGUGGUGCCGGUAUUUCGGAUCUCCUAUGGAAACUACGAGCUCGAGCCUUCCGUCAUACCCGAGUCAUCGAUCGCCGAAGGCGCUUCCAGGGUGAUCACGCCAGCGGGGACAGCCUUGAAGAGUGGUGCAACGGCGAUCUCAAAGGGAGCAGCUACGAAGAAGGAACAACCGUCGCAAGGCGCGACCGAACAGAUUCGCGCCGUCAAUCCUCUGUCAAUCGCAUCACCGCUGAGCGUGAUCCCGCAGCCGAGUAUCAUCAGAGAUGUACCGAUUCACCACUACGUCGCAUACAGCAUUCUAUAAAUAUGGCGAUGUCCUGGAAAACUGCUAACGAGCAUUCGCAAAAGGUUGAAGGGUUGAACAAAAGCUCGAGCGGUCUGAAAUGAUGAGGAAACUGGAUGAUUGGGGUUGUCUUCUUUUGCGCUUGUCAAGAUAUUUUUAUUCUUCUUUACAAAAUAAUGCAGGAUGUUGAUGAACAAUACAACGGAGUAGUACACGUAUAUGGUCGAUACUAAGGACAAAGAUAAUCAAAAUCAGCAUCGUCGUCGCCAUCGCCGCUAUCGUCACUCGUCAUGGGGACGUCGGUAUAGCGUGAGAAGUAAUACUUAUAGGUAUAUAGCAAUAAGAUAUUAAAUGGUUAAUGUAAAUCUAAAAAAUCUAAAAAAAAAACAAAACAAUCUAGCACAGCUCCUUAUUAGCUCCGAUAUGAGAAUCUAAUUAAGAACUAAUGUAAGAUGUCAAUAAUAAAAUCACGAAACUACCAUCACACAACAACGCCUAAUGCGUUACGUCAAUUAAAACGAAGUAUACCUUCGACACUUUAGUCACGUUCAAGAGACGUUCAGACAGGACGAUUUGGACACGAGCAAAAAAAGUACCAGUGUUAAAAUUUCAUUUCAAACUUUCUCGCAAAUCUUAAAUCCUCGACUAAACUGAUCCGAGGAGAGCGGGGGGAUUGGCGAGACGAAAAGGCAACGUUAUUCGAACGCAACGCAACGUUGCCUCAGUUUAGAACUCGCUCGUCCUCAAAAUUGGGUAAUCUCGGGUAAUCCAUGUUCGGGAAGAUUUUUACCGCGAGCCUAGUUUCACUGGCCUGAGAUUUACUCCAAUUCUGCACCGCGAGGACUCGCUUACCCAAACAGUCACGCGGUUACGGACCGCGCGCGUCUUUGCGGACGAUUUAAAGCUCGGGGUAGAUCGCGAUGAUUCGUUACCACGGCAGAACGAAUCUCGGCGAUCGUAGCGAUGCAUCUCGCGCGUACGAAAUUAAUUGCAGUUGGUCGAACAACUGGUCGAUUGUAGCUUCGUCCGUUUCCCGCGCGCUUGAACAAUACAUCAGGAACCGUCGAAAUCGUAAAUCACGAUUCGAAUAUAACGAAAAUGACGGGCAGUUAAUAACAAGAUUACCGACACCGUUUAAUCGAUAAUAAUGACACAAUAAAAUUGCAUUAAUACUUUUCUUGCGGGAAGGAAGAGUUAUAACGACGUAAUUGAUAUCUGUGCCUCUCCACACCCCGCCCAAUUCUCUAUACAUAACAUUCUCUUUUACAUAUAUAUUUAUAUAUUUAUAUAUAUAAAUCUAAAUUUUAUAAUAUGUAUUUAUAUAAUGUUCAUAUUUAUAUAUAACACACUUGUUCUAGAACGUCAAACGCGUUGACUUUGAAGCUCGGAUGAUCGAUACCCUCCGAUCCUCGUCGCGCGUAUUCCUCUUCCCCUUUCAUUUUGUCUGCUCAUCAACCGGUUUCUUCCUACUUUCCCAUCUCUAUCCGAUAUAUAGUCGCAAUUUUAUUAGUGAUAAGUAAUUGUGACGCGCGACGUACGAAAAGCUGUAUGCACAGCUAACACAUCGCGCGAGAAAGUUCUAAAUUAUUUUUAUAUGUUUAUUUAAAUUAGAAGAUAUAGUUUAUCUCAAAGUAUCCUCGUUUAUACCAUUUAGCGAGAUAUGCGUUUGUACCUGUGGACACCGCCUGCCGCGAUAAUUCCUGUCCGUCGAACAUUCUGCGAAAGCUGCAUGGGUUAGUAAAAUUAAAAAAAAGAUCAACUCUGAAUGACCCGCGCAGUUUUCAGCGGAGUUCCCUCACACAACGCGCGAUUUACGUGAAUGCGAGCCAAAUUAUACCGUGGAAACAGGGCAUAGAAUUUAUACGGGACAUAAAAUUCAUUACGAACUUAAUGUACACCUCAACAUUUCGUCGCGAACGUGCGUUCGGCUGUGCGCACCGUUCGCGGCAACCGCGAUCGAAAUACCACUAGCAAAAGAUAAAAUGCUUAACUUAACGUUACGUGAGCAAUAUAUGAAAAACCGAUCAAUUUCUCUAAUUGAAACUCCCACGCCCAACCACCUCUGCCGUGUUCCUCGAUCAUCUUAAUCCAUUUCGAUCAAUUGUCACUUCUUGGUACCUCUUGAUUUGCGACAGAGAAAAUAGCUUCAAGAGAAGAUUGUUCAUUUAUUCUUUUGAACAGCAUCGAAAAAAGUCCCGUGAAUGGACAAUUUCGAAAAAAAAGGUCCAUCGUUAAUUUCGUCUCCCGACGAAUACAAUAGGAAUGUAAAUUGCCUGCAAUAAAUCUUCUGAAUAUUUUUCAACAUUCAAGUAAAUUUUGAAGAAUGUUUAAAAAUAUGAAGGAUAUCGUUCACGCACAGUUAAAAAAUUUGGACUAAAUUUGGACUAUAAUAAAUCGCGUGUCCAUAAAACGGUUUACUCAUUAUUAUGUUAAUUUAACACAAAUAUGUUAAAAAAUAACACAAAUAUUAUGUACAAAAUUAACACAAAGAAUGUAACACUUUGAUUCAAUUUGGAAACAAAUUAGGGAUUUUUUAAGUAAAAUUAACAUUUAUAAUAUAUUGACAUGUAUAUUUUAUUCAUUUAUCUUAAAAUCAACGUUUCAAAACUACAUUAUUUUUCUUGUUUGUUCAUUUAUCCAUAAAUUGCAUUUUGACACAAAGAAAUAUUACUUUAACAUAACAUAUUUGAAUAAUAUAAUCACAUUAUGUUAAAUCAACACUUUGGUACGUAAAAAAUUCAACACAAAAUUUUAACAAAGACCGUUUUUAACGUAAAUACAAAAUGUUUUCUACUGUGCGCGCGCAGGUUUCAUCCCUCGCUAAUGCCUUCAGAAUCGGAUGCGCCACGUUCGCCACGAUCUCGAUCACGGUCUUUUAAUUUCGUGUGUGGGCGGUAUACUUUAAAUAUCCACGAAAAUGUUUGGAUUUUGUAAAAACGUGACGAUUUGAUUGUUUGAUCCGCUUGGUUUCGAGAGUAGUCUUGCGACCCUCCGGAUGGCGUAUGCGACGACGUGACCCGUCGAAACAUCUAUAAGUUUUUUCGCUCUUUUUUUUUUAUAUAUCACUGAGCCUCUCCCUCACGCUACGCCUCACGAAAACUACUUGUCGACUUACCUGGCGACACGAUAAAAUUUAUUACUUAGUGCUCUCUCUAUAUAUAGUUCGCUAUUACUUUAAUUUUUUUUCUCUCUUCUUCGCAUAAAUAUGUACUAUGUACGAGUAUGGCCUGUACGCAUCGGUUUCUUCUUUUGCACGUGUAUAUACGUGUGUGAAUACUCAGGUUUUCGCAAUACGUGAGUCUAAAUUAGCUCGCGUUAUCUCGUCCUGACAUAUAAUCAUGUAUCGAUGAUUUCGAUUGACUAUGAUCGAAGUGUGCACGUAAUUUUUUUCCCACGCACGCGUUAAUUAUGAACAAUUGACUUCGUACUCGUUUCUAAAAAGAACUUGUAACCAGACAUUAAAAAGCUUUCUCUCUCUCUCUCUCUCUCUCUCUCUCUCUCUCUCUCUCUCUCUCUCUCUAUCCUGUACUCUCCUUAAUCUUCACGCCAAAUGUUCUCUCCAAAUUUUCGCAAAAAUGCGUCAUUCGCGCAGUACAUUCUCUCUUAAACAAAAAAAAUAGAAGGUGGAUCGUUAUGCAUUGAAGGAAAAAUUUAUGUUCGUUUUUUUGCCAGCGCUACAAGCUUGACGUACGAAAAGAAUGGCCGCAAGGACUUGAAAAAAUUGAAUAGAGACAAAAAGACAUUAGAUCGAUUUUAGAGAGACGAUAUCGACAAUACAACAGAUAACGGCAAUAAUUAAAUGUUACAUCUCGCAUCACUAUUUUUUACAUGAUAUUUAAUAAAAUACUAUUGGAAGUACUUUUUGUCGUUCUCGUUGCGUUUGAUUCUCGAGAAAAAUUGUUAUUACAUGCUGCAAAUAGGAUAAAGUAUUUUUUUUAAAUACUGAUUUAUGUGUUCGCAGUAAAUUCCUAAUUAAUACUGAUAGUAAUAUUCUCUGAUAGAAAGAGAAUAUGGAAAAUGUUAGAGGAAUGGAGACAGUUAUUAAAAACGCGACACAAAUAUUAACUAGUUCAAUAAAUGCAAUUAUACCAUUGUACAGUCACAUUAAUUAUUUGUAAACGCAAUUUAAUUUAAUAAAAUAAUUAAUAUCAAAUUUUCACAAUUAUCAAUAAUGCUACGCUAAAUGUAAAUUCAAUUUCUAGAUUAAUCUAUAAAGCUGUUUGUAAAGAAUUAUAAAUGGAUUUUUAAAACAAAUUAAUAGUAUUGAUUUAAAACAUGAAAAAAAUACUAAUUGUAAGUUGUUAUCAUCGUUUUAAUAAACGAUUCGUUAUAAGAGUACUUCUACAGAUUCUCCGUAAUCUAUAGAGAAAAGAAAAAAUAUUUUGCUAAAUUUCUCAUCUUUAUCGUGCAAAAUUAUUUGCAGCGUAUCGCUAAAUUCAACAUACAAUAUUCUUUCAGGAAUAAAAUUUGCAAUUAUUUUUUCGUUUUGCAGGUCCAAUUUAUCACAGUCAGAGUUUAUAUAUGAUAUUCAUAAAUCGUCAAUUAUUAGUUUCAUAAAAAGUUAUGCUCCACUGAUAUGAACAAAAUAAAUAAAGUAAAUAAAGAAAUGUGCAUACAUUAUUACUUUGUUUUCAUAACACGUUUAACUUUCUUUGCGAUUUUAUUUAUGCAUAUUUACGUUGUAAAGUAUCAAAAUAAAAGGUAGUAAAAAUUCUGUGUGUGUGUGUCACGAUGUAAUCUUCUUUCCUAGACUUAAAUAUAUUUAUUUUUAAUUCAGAAAUAAAUUUAUCGAUACGCGCGCGCUGCAAUCGGACGAGAUUGAACUCGAGACGCAUCGCUUCCCUCGAAAGAACGUGACCUCCGAUUUUCUUAUCGAACAAAAAAAAAAAAAAAUACUAGCUUACCUACAUCUACGUUAGUUUUUGAUUGACUAAUCAUCAGCGUCCAUCAUUGUUCUCCUUUUCUAUUAAUCUCGGGAACGCUGAGAGAUAUUUGGGGACUUUAUAGACAUACACGUUUACUUCGCGCGAUCGCGCUAUAACUAUUUUACUUCGUUAAUUAUAAAGUAAUUUAUCUAAAUUGUAUGUACCGGUCUACAUUUUAUCAGCAUGUUACUCUUAAUACGAAUGCCAACUACGAUGCUUGGAAGACGCCCGGCCUUGUCGUAAGUUUCCCGGCGAUCGAAGCAUCCCGAGUUUGUCUUCCACAGCGCAAACAUGUUAGCUCCCCCCCCCCCCCCGAUAAAGCGCAUAAUCUGAAUAUCCAUUUGUCUACCUAGUUACACGAAGCCUUCGCGCCGGCUUCACGCGCGUUACCACACAUACGACGAUUUUCUGGCAGACGAUUAAUUCGACAAUUAGACCGAUCGCCACUUCGUCCCAACAAAAUCGACAAGUUUCAUAUCACUUAUGGACAUCGUGAAUCAGGAUGAUUUAAUUGGUGACCAAAGGUGUUACGCCGGACUUCGAAAACGUACACGUGAGAUGCAUUUUAGGUGUAUCUUGCUGCUCGUGAGGGUAUCGUGGUGUGUCUGCGAACGUGUGUCUCGUGUAGCACACAAUGAUGCACAGAGAACAGCAUCAUGCAGGAGAAAGAUUUCGAAGAUCGGAAAUUAUAGCGACACCGGUCACAUGUCGUUCUUGACUCGACGUUGCUACGUUGCUUUGUAUUACCUGCCAUCUUGCGCCGAUAUUUAGAGAUUCACAGAUAUUUCCCAGGACUAUAAAAAAAAAUAUAUAUUUGAUCUAAUAAAAUAUCGAACUGCUACAGAAGUUACGUUACCGAUUAUUUUUAAUUAAAGCAAUCUGAUCGUAUUUCUCAACGCGUAGCGACAUUGUUAUCGAGUCAAUAACGACAUAGUAAUGUCUCAGCGAGUAUCCACGUGCCGAAAAGAUCAGAGUUUCCAGUAACAGUGAUAAUAGUAGAAUUAUAUAGUAAGUAGUAGAGAGAGCAGUAGUAAUAGUGCUAGUAGUAGUAGUAAUAGUAGGCCGUUCGAAGUAGAUGGCGAAGGGGAAGACGACGACAGGCAGUAGCAUAGCGAUAGUUCGGCGAUCAGGUCGGGCUGGAAGAAAAGUCAUCGAGGAGAAAAGAGAAACUGAAACAGAAAUCUGAAAAAUUAAAUAAAAAUUAAGUCCCCCUGUAAUUAAUUGCAAUCGAACCAUGAAAUCCUGAGGAAAAGAAGUAUCUGUCGACUAAAUAGAGAGAAAAAAAAUUAGGAGGCUCAUCAAACAAUUUUAAGAAAGUUGAAAUUCUAAUAUUAGUAUUAGUACAGAUAUUAUUGCUGCAGAGUUGAGAUUCGCGGAUUGCAAGUAUCACAGCGAUGAGGUUACCUCCCUCGCAAUAAGCUACGUAGAGGGAAGGGAAAAAAAAACAGAAUACAUUAAUGGCUCGUGAGUAUUAGAAGGUAGAAAAGGAUAUGUAGGGUAUAGUACAUAUAUAUACAUUGAGAUAAGAGUGUGUAUAUAUAUAGCAUGUAUAUAUAUAGUAUACAGACAGAUGUAGAGCUACAUAGAUAUACGGAACGCUAGAGGUACAAGUAGAACAUGAUAUAUGGAAUACGAAAUUAUAUAGAGUGCCACUAGACUUAGUUAUGCAGCAUUGUCGACAAUACAAAACGUUAGUACGGUAGUGGUCAAGCUCGUCAGAGAUAAACGCGACGUCCAUUCGAUAGCUCGUGUGCGGCUUCCCCAAGUGUGCUCCGACAUACUUUUACGCAAAAUAUAUAUAGUCUCCCCCUUCUUCCAACGAGAUAUAUGCAUCUUGUUCAAUAAAAAUACAAGUAUUUACAUCAAGUAUUUUCCAACAACGCGUUGAGAGCAACCCCCCCCCCCCUUCCCCCCUUUGCUCGUCGAGCAGAAAUUUUAACGUUCAUUCGAUUCGUCCGAUGACGACUCCUCGUCGUUCAGGCCAUUAUUCUAAUUAAUAAUCGUUGAUAUUGUUAAUUAGAAAUAUAAUAAUCUCUUCGAUUUUCAUGUUAAGUAUAAGGAGCUCCGAUUCGCUCCGACGUGAAUAUCGGGGCUCGUUCCGAAGGAUAUGGAUGGACGUCGAGAGUGAUCUCUGACGUAUAUAUCGGAAGUGUGUAUGUGUAUAUAUUAUAUACACCUGUUGGCAAAAAUUCAGUGCCACCGGAGCAAAAUAAUCGCACGGCUUCCGAUCGUGCACGCAAUCUCGACUCGAUAAAUCGACAUCGCGACGGAGACCAUUGCCAACGCAUAUAUAAAUUACACUGUGGAUCGCGACUCGAUCCAUAUUCUCUCUUCUCCUCUCUCUAAUACCACAUUAGACGCCUCUUGCCAUCACUUCUUGUCCCAUUCUCUCCCUCUCUCUCUCUCUCUUUCUCUCUCCUCCCUUCGCUUCGCGCACUCUUUCACGAUUCUAAAAAGGUAAUGACGUUGAUCCCAUAGAAUACAGUGUUUUAAACAUCUAGGCACAAUUCCUAAUGAUUGUUUUGGGCGAGCUUGUGCGCAAGAAAAUCCUCCUCCCUCACUUCCGAACGGCGGAACUCCGUUUCUCGUAUCUUUGAACGCAUCGAGGAUCUCUUGCCUGUUCUAAUGCAACGGCAUUAGGCAUCUUUUUGAAUAGAACCGCAUAAUCAAUAAAAAUUGUAUUCUUACUAGAAUUUUUAAUCAUUGAAAAAGAAGUCGAUAAGUGACGCGCGCGAUUUCGACGUGUCCAAUCUUCGUAAAAUAAUCUACAGAACAGUGAUAUAAAAAUUUCUUUUACACCUCCAUUUCGAUGUAAGAUCGCAAAACUGUCAAGAGAUCGAACACUUGUGAUUAAUCAAUUAUCAAUUAUGCGCUUCUCUCGUAUUUUUUUUUGACAAGAAAUGCAGAGUUUCCAGACGCAUUGAAGGAUACGAAACACCAAGUUCGGUCACCCUUUCUUCCUGUAUAGACCGUAAGGGCCGCGCGUGUGCGUGGAUCACGAUCGUUGCGUGUGCAAUUUGCUCUGUUUGAUCCACAUCGACGCGGCUCCUCUUUAUAAAAAAAAGGGGGCAGAAGUAAAAAAAAAAAACAAGAUAAAAUAAAGCAGAUUAUGAAAGAAAAGUUCGAGGACCGCGCGUAAGGAGCGACAUAAGGGAUCUAUCCGUGUCUAUAUAUAUUGUAUGAUAUAUACAUUUACCCUUUCAAGAAUGAAAAAUAAUUCGAAAUUCUGUUUAAAAUAAAUAAGAUCGCACAAAGCUCUUUUAUGUCGCUCCUGAGGGUCGCGCAAAAUGGAAGCUGAUUUAGGGAGAAAGGUGAUUAGGCGGCCGGAGACAUACAGAAAAAAACACAAAAAGGGUAGGUUUAUUUUUUUCUUGUUUCAAUCGUUUUCUUGACAAAUCGAAGAUUAAUUAUAUGUAUAUGUACUUUCGUCCCGCUCGCUCGCGAAGUCUUUUUAUUCUCGCUUCGACACUCGGUGAUAUCAGAGGAAGGGCGGGGAUAGAUCAGUGGAAGAAAUAAACGUAUCGGGAGGGUGUGACAAAGAAA